CAGUGAAGUGCUUCUUGAUUCCUCCUCUGGAUUGUGCUGGGUUUGGAGGUUGGUGGGAGACCACAAGUCCUACUGAAGGUGCUCUGUUCUGCUUCUGUCAAAGUUCGUCUCUUUUUGGCACUUGAGAUGGGUUUGUGGGAAGCUUUCCUCAAUUGGUUACGGAGAUGGUACUGCUCUGAACUAGAAGAUGUUGAGUUUAGUUAUUGGCCUUGUCUCUUUUUCAAGCAAGAAAUGGAGCUAUCUUUGAUUGGUCUUCAGAAUGCUGGAAAAACAUCACUUGUUAAUGCCAUUGCGACUGGUGGAUAUAGUGAGGAUAUGAUCCCCACGGUAGGAUUUAACAUGAAAAAGGUAACUAAAGGCAACGUGACGAUAAAGUUAUGGGAUCUUGGAGGCCAACCAAGGUUUCGCAGUAUGUGGGAGAGAUACUGCCGUGCUGUAUCAGUUAUUGUCUAUGUUGUUGAUGCAGCUGAUCAAGAAAAUUUGCCCGUCUCUAAAAGUGAACUUCAUGACUUGUUGAGCAAGCCUUCUUUAAAUGGUAUUCCAGUGCUGAUAGUGGGUAAUAAGAUAGACAAACCAGAAGCUUUGUCUCAGCAAGAUUUGACAGAACAGAUGGAUCUAAAAUCUCUUACCAACAGAGAAGUUUGUUGCUUCAUGGUUUCCUGCAAAAACUCCACCAACGUUGACACAGUUGUUGAUUGGCUCGUGAAAUAUUCAAAAUCUAAAAACUGAGGCUUGAGUUCUGAGUGUGAAUCUAUUGGCUGAAGUGACUAGGAGAUCACAAACUGUGUACAAGUUGAUUGCUCACUAACCCCAAAGCAAAAGGAGAAAUAAUAAGUGUGUGAAUCAGCUGGAACAAGGAUAGAAGCUUCUUUUUUCCUUUUAAACUAGAGGCAAGCAGAGCACCAACAACCUAAGGUUAUGAGCGGAAUUAAACCUGUAACCUCCCAGUUACUAGGCCACUAUUGGCAACAAGGAUAAAAGUUGACUGCUAUCAGUUUCAAGACGAAGUUUAAGAUUUCCAAUUGAAGGCUAACCUUCUAAUGCUGCAAAAAAAGGAGGGAAAAAAACCCCAAGCUUUUGUUUCAUGACUAUCACUUUUCUGAUCUGGCACGUGAAUACUUUGUUAAUCAUAAAAAGCUCAGAGAUUGCUUAGAAGGGGGCAUUCUGAGAACUGAACUUGUAACCUCUCACACCCUUUCGUCUUGGCACUGAGACACUGAAGUCAUUUGUAUACAGUAGGCUUUGCAGUUGUCCUCAGUUCAAUAGGGGGAGGGUUCUGCAAUCCGCAUUGGCUUGCAGAUGCUGCUCCUGAUCCUUUUUUCAAUUCAGCUGAAAGAAUUGACAAGGCCCCUUCAAGCAAGACUUUCUCAUUAUUUUUGAAGAUUUCACAGUAUGCGAAUACAUCAGUAGAUGUAAUAAAUUAAGAGAGAUCUGAAACUGCAACUUGUCUAUUCGAGGUUUGAAUUAAGUUUAGUGUUGACUUUUUCCUUGUGAAGAGUCUUGCGUUGUAGCAAGUGAUUAAAAAUGAAAAUUGAGAAUUACAAAAGGGGCAUUCCGAGAAUCGAACUCGGGACCUCUCGCACCCAAAGCGAGAAUCAUACCACUAGACCAAAUGCCCUAGCUGAUAUUUACAAGGAUCAUUAACAUAUCUUUGGUAUUGUUCUAUGAAACUUGGAAAUUGGCUAAGAUUCAUUAAAUUGACUAAAAUUGCUUUCCUGGAUAGCCAAUUUUCCCAUUCAAUUGUACCCAAGAAUAUCUCAUUAUUCCCACAACUUCCCAGAGCGAAUAUGUGUUUUAAGGAAAUUGGCUAAGAUGCACUGCAUUAUCUGUGAUGCUAUAACGUUUGAGAUGCUUACUGAUCUGCUGCUAGGUUCUUGUAACUUAGUUCAUCAGGCUAAGUUUCUUAGACUAAGUACGCAUGUGGAAAGGAUCCAGGUUCUAAGAGUGCAGAUCCUCUGUCCAUAUUUAAAGCUGUGCAAGGUGUGAACAUUUCUUCUGAGCAGUCUGGAUCUGGUUAUACAAUCCAGAUCUUGCUUUUUUUGGCAUCUUCAAGGAUAGGCACUGAAAUGCUUAAAUCAAUUAUAUCUAAUACAUUUGUCACUUCCCCAAGGCUCAAUAUAGGGAUGAUUCUGCGGUCUGGCUUGUUUUACACAUGCUCCCCCUGAUGCUUUUAUUAAUUCAGCUGAAUGAACUGAUAAGGCUCUUCCAAGCUAGCCUGUCUCGCCAUUUUUCAGAUCUUAUGUUAUGUGAAUACUAUAUCAAUUGUAAUAAAGUAAAAGAUUAACACUGCAAUUGUCUGUUAAGGUCGCAUUAAGAUUGGUAUUGACCUUUUCCUUGUAAAGAUUCUGGUUUUGCUGCAAGGGGAUUAUAACUAAAACUUAAGAGUUAAAGAAGGGGCAUUCCGAGAAUCGAACUCGGGACCUCUCGCACCCAAAGCGAGAAUCAUACCACUAGACCAAAUGCCCUUGUUGAUAUCUUCAAGGAUCCCUAAAAGAUCUAAUAUAUAUUUCCAUCACACUUGGGGAUUUUUUCUGGAAUCCUUUUGUUGACCAUAACUGCUUACCUGAGAAGAUAUUUUUUGUUCCUCUCUUCAAUUGUGCCCGAGAACUUUCCCUGCAACAAGUCCUUCCUGAAGCUAAUUUGUUUUUUUCUGAGAGGGAUGCUUAUUUGCUGCCAUGCAUUUAAAACCAAUUUAACUUAGAAGGUUCUGAGUCUGACUUUCUUUGCCAAAAAAGAAGGCUCUUCUGCCAUCACUCUUCACAUUCCUGAUCUGGCAUGUGAAAUCAUAAAAAUCUUGAUUUCAUAAAGUAGGAAUGAGAAUUGAACACUGUAACUUGUAUGUUUACAAGAGUUAUAUAACUAGACCAAGUUCCAUGUUCAUAUCUUCAAGGCUGUCUCAGUCUCUUUAGUGUUUAUUGAAAUUUAGGAGUUUUUUGCAGACCUCACACUGUCUAAAGUUGUUUAUCUCCCCAAUUAUCUGGUGAAGCUUAUGUCUGUGAUGCUUGCUUAUUAGCUGCUAGGUGGUUCAAAUUUAUAAGCUAAUUUAGCUCAGCAGGAUCUGACUUUCUUAGAAAAACAAGCAUUCAUGGCGCAAGAUCUUAUUUUCCAAUGCUUCUUUGGCUUGGCACUGAGAUGCUUAGGUCAUUUGGAUGCAAUAGAUUUUUCGGUUGUCCAGAGUUCAAUAAGGGGAUGGUUAUGCAAUCCGUGUCAGUGUGCAGAUGCUGCCCCUGAUGCUUUGUUUAAUUCGGCUGAAAGAAUUGACUAGUCCCUUUCAAGCUAGCCUUUCGCAUUAUUGUUCAAGAUCUUACAGCAUGUGAAUACUUCACUAGUUGUAAUAAAUUAAGAGAGAUCUGAGACCACAACUUGUCUGUUUUUUAUAUUUGUAUUGAGGUUGGUGUUGACUUUA